UCUACAGAUGAGAUCUUUUGUAACCUAAAGUAUUUGACCAUGGUAACAGAUCUAAUGCACCAUUAUAAGGCAACACUAAUUGUUUACUCCACACUGCUGAAACUGUAACAUUGGUUUCCUGAAAUCUGAAGUGCUGAGAUCCAGUUCAUCUUAUUCCAGUAGCAGAAUACUGCGUACAUAAUUAAUGGCACUUAGCAUUAAGUUACAAGAUAUAUAAUCAUAAAAAACAAAUUUAGGCAAACAAAAUACUGCUCUUUCAUGAGAGAAAUGAAUUUGCUUUCCAUUUUAAGAACCCUAGCCACCAGUAGGUGGUGUUUCGGGAAAUGUCAAGCACUUUUUUCCCCCUACAGAUGAAAUGCACAACUCCACCUGCAACACUGGUGGUUUUACGCAAGACUGAGGCUCCACGUUCUCUGCAAAAUAAGCUUGUUUUAUCCAUGUGACUUGGAGCUGAACAAUCCUAAGAAGAUUCAAGAUGCAUACCUGAAAAUUUAAAUACAAACAGGCAAAUGGGAUCACCUUCAAGGUGGCAUUCAUCGCAGCUCUGCACACCUAAAGGCAAGUUUUCCCUGCCACGUCUGGCCAAGUUGACACAUGCAUUAAGCGUGAAGCUGAGCAAGAACCAGCCUUCUGCUGUCUGGAGGAAAAUCAGCUCCGGAAAAAUGGAAUUAAGGUCCGAGGAUGUUCAUUGAUUAUUAACAGAAAACAAAUGGAGCUAAAAUUCUACUAUCUUCCACCCUGCGUGAAGGAACACUGUUGGUGAAAAGCCUUUUUUAUAGAGAUCCAAGUACCAUUAUGGUAAAAAGAUUCCCUACGUGAUCUUAAGGCAUAUAGGAACUGCAAGCUCUCUCAUUGCAAUGUAUAUAGUGGCCUGUAAAAACAAAACUAAGAAAUUUAGUUUUUUGUACUGUCACAUUUCAGUCAAUUUCAAGUCUAAUUAAUUUGGCCUCUAAAGAACUUUAAUUUCCUAUACAAAAGUUUUUGUGUUUUUUUUUUUUUUUCCAUUCCAAUCAAAAUGCAUACAAUGAACUUCUUGGAAAACAUCAAAAAAUCCGAUUUUGGGGGCACUACUACCAAACUGUGAGUACUGUUAUCUUUUGUGCAGAUACUUUAACCAUGGAAACUUACUCUGCCUCGCUAUCACCUGUUAUAUGCAACAGUACAACUUUUAACCUAAACGGAUCACAUUUGUGUAAUGAAAGCCUAUCUUCUAGAUUAGCUGAUAAAUCCGAACACCAACAAUAUGUUAUUGGUCUUUUCUUAUCGUGUCUUUACACAAUAUUCCUUUUUCCUAUUGGUUUUGUAGGAAACAUUCUGAUACUGGUUGUAAACAUAAGCUUUCGUGAAAAAAUGACUAUUCCAGACCUUUACUUCAUAAACCUUGCAGUAGCUGAUCUCAUUUUAGUUGCUGAUUCUCUCAUUGAGGUUUUUAAUCUUGAUGAAAAGUAUUACGAUAUCACUAUUAUAUGUACCUUUAUGUCUUUGUUCCUUCAGAUCAACAUGUAUAGCAGCAUUUUCUUUCUGACAUGGAUGAGUUUUGACAGAUACAUAGCACUGGCAAAAGUAAUGAGGUCCAACAUAUUUCGCACUAUGCAACACGCUAGAUUAAGCUGUGGUCUCAUAUGGAUGGCAUCUAUUUCGGCAGCACUAGUUCCGUUUACAGCUGUGCACUUACAACACACCGGAGAGGUCUAUUUUUGUUUUGCAGAUGUAAAAGAAAUCCAGUGGCUAGAAAUAACCUUGGGGUUUAUUAUCCCCUUUGUGAUCAUCGGUCUUUGUUACUCAUUAAUUGUCCGAGUUCUUAUAAAAGCACACAAGCAUAGGAGUCUUCGUCUGCGGCGACAAAAGGCUCUUCGGAUGAUUUUCGUUGUCGUCUUGGUUUUCUUUAUCUGCUGGCUACCUGAAAACGUCUUCAUUAGUGUUCAACUUCUCCAGAAGAAAAGCGAGCCUGUCUCUUCGAGCAGCCCGUCCUUCAGACACGAUUAUCCCUUAACAGGACAUAUUGUGAACCUAGCAGCUUUUUCUAACAGCUGUUUGAACCCCUUAAUUUACAGUUUUCUAGGGGAAACCUUCAGAGACAAACUGCGACUGUACAUUGAACAGAAAACCAAAAUGUCAACGCUGCAUCGCUUUUGUCAGGCUGCCUUAACGUCUGUCAUUCCUGACAGUAACGAGCAAUCGGAGGUUUGAUUUAGUAGUGGUUGUAGAAAACAUACAACUGUGAAGUUGUGCAAAUAGUGAACAAAAUGCUUGCUACUAACCGAAAAAAAGCGUGUCUGCGUAUGUAUAUAUUAUAUCGCUCUGCUGAGUAUUGAAGGUUUAUAUUCAAAAUGUUUUUAUGACAACUUUAAAGUAGAAGAAUGUUUCAGGCAGAUUUAUAUUUAAUUAUGAACAGGGUUAUUAAAAGCUGAGCACUGAAGGAGCUUUAUUUUAUAUUAAACUUGUAUGACUGAUAAUAUAGAAGAAAAUUUUAUCAGGCUAGGAAGACUCUAGAUUUAACUUGAUUAUCAGAGAUGCUAUUUUGCUGGUGUAUAUAAGGCACUUCCACUUAAAUAAUGGAGCUGCCAUAACAGUGGGGAAAAAAAAUCAUUGCAACAUAUUGGUAUGGAGAUGCAGAAAACAAUUAUUUUUCAUCCAAUACGUUAAGUUAAAUGACUUUGCUUUCCAGAACUAUAUAGUGUUAUCGUCAUUGUAUCCCAGCACGUCUUCCACAAUUAACUCUUUUUAAUCUUAAUAUAAUCUAGAAUGGUGAUGAGUUUUCGUCUCAUAAAUCCAAUCUGUUUACAUCAGUACUUGAUCAAACCUGAAAUCAUCUGUAACUAGACUGUUCAUCUCAAGGAACUUAAUAGAAGCAAAACAUAAUGCUUCAUUCUUUUAAGGAUUGCCCAGGACAGUCUUUCCCAGGACAGAUAUUACUGGGCUUUUUGUCAAAAAUGCAAGUGCACAUGACUGCUCAUUCACAUUCAGAUUUAAAUGAAAGUUGCGUGAGAUCUGUUUACACUUUGCAGGCCUAUUUUGAUGGUCAGAACAGAACGCAGUGGCUUUAAAAAAAAAGGCACUUUCUAAAAAAGACCUAGGGAUUGCUUAUGAAAGUGACAAAAUCUUUUUUUUUUUUUUUUUUUUUAAUAAGAACUUUCUGUAAAGGGGAACAUGAUUAGCUGUCAUCAGACCUGCGCUCUGCACUCUGUCCAUCCCACCUCCAGAAACCACUGGUCUCUCAGGAUUUUAAGGUGCAUGUUGGUCAUUUUGUUCAUUUGAAGACAAAUUAUACUAAGAAAACAAAUGUUAGCACCACACCCUUGAAAGCAACAGCUUCUGAUUUUUGUUAGGAAAUAAAUGGGUUUUAAAUCUGGAUGAUGUUUAGCACAGGUUACUAUGAAAUUGUUCAGGGGAGGCCAUAAAGUUCCUAGAGAUUGGUGCACAAGACCACUAAAACGUCACUCGCUGCACCUCAGAAAUGUGCAAACUAAUUCACGGAGUAAAGCACCAGAACUCUACAGAAUAAGGUAUUUUGCCCUGUUUUUAAUAUAUUGGUUCAUAUAUGAACCAAUUAUCACAAAAAAAAAAAAAGGAUUUUUAGAGGAUUUCUAAAAUACAGACACUUAAAGCAACUAGUAGAGCUCUAAGCAAUACAGCACUAAGAACAUUGGUUGCCCUCAGUUCUCAUGAAAUACUGAAGUUUCUUAGUGGAAGUUUAGCCACAAAAGACUUGACCUAUAAUCAGAGAGGCCCCAGGAUGAUGGCUGAAUUUGAAGUAGAUAGCUGGAUAUUCCCAAAACAGAAACAGGAACUGCAGGGUGGAGUUUGCUGCAACUGCUGAUUAUUUCCAAGUGACUGUUAACCGUGACCCAAGGAAAAGUUUUGUUUAGUCCCAUCUUUCCUGCAGAACACUAAAUAUAAUUUCUCUGCAGAAAGAUGCAAGCACUGCCAUGCCUUCUCUGCAUAGACCAAGCUGUUAAACAAGACGUAGCAACAAAUCUCACACUAUCCUGCGGCAUUACUCGUAGCCCUUUUUCCUCAUUAUCUUCUUGUCUGGGAUUAGCCACAAUUCCCCAUGUCCUAUUGACUGCCGGUGUACAUCAGUUACACCUUGGAAAGAUGGCUAUUUCAGACAACACAAAACUAAAGGAGCUGAUAAUUCUUUCAGCAGUGCAAUUCCGUGGAGUAAGACGCACCCUCUGAGCAUGCAGAUAUACUGGGUUUGUGUGAUCUCGAUACUUGUCAUGAAUAAAGCAAGUUAUUUGGGGUUACAGCAAUACAAUUUCCCAAAUGUAUUUGUUGCUCAUUUGGGUUUUAUAGGAGUAAACAUUCCCCUUCUCCCCCUUCCCAAUAUAGGAAUAUUUUUUCAUCAAGCUGGAAGCCCUUUUACCACCACUGGACAUAACGAGUCACAAAAAUGGCUUUGCUCAGAAAUUUAUCACGAACAGAUAGUAAUAAUAAAUGCAUGCUUGCACAUGUUAUGAAAUUUUUCUGCAUGAUCAUAUUCAGUGAUGUCCUGAUACCACAGAAAAAAUCUAGGAAAGAUCAGAUUAUUAAAGAAAACAGCAUUUAGCUACUCAACCUGAAACAUCCUAUUACACAUUUAAAAGCACAUUACAAACCUGAGCUACCUGAGGAGUUUCCUACUGUUGGUAUCUUGGUUCAGAUUUAUGAACUGAACCUAAAAGACUACAUUUAAACAUACUAUGUGUUUUAAAUAAAUAAACCUCUUCCAGGUUAAAAAAAAAAAAAAAAAAAAAGAGCACACUUCUUCACAGAUUUUGUUUUUCAAUGGCAACUAUGAACAAAUUAAUAUUUAAAGAAAUGCCACAUGACUUUAAUAUAUGUUUAUAUUUUUCACAGAUGCUGAUCAACAUGUUUUCUGCAGCCCAUCAUCUUGUAAUAACUUCUUGCUAUGGCUCAUCCAGGAACCAAAAAGAUCUGUGUUUUACAGAGUUUUCUUUAAAAUUAAAGAGCAUGAUAAUCAUUAAACAAAUGCUCUUUGGGAGUGCAGGGUAAAGCGGAAAUGAGAGCAAGAAUUUGGAUACUUUUUCGUCUAACGUUUCUCUGGGGUCUCUCACAAACUGUUUAGUUUAAGGACAGGAUUCCAUAUGCCUUUCUACAAUGCUGGACCCACAAUUAUGAGAUUUGAAAAAUCUGCUGAUCACAGAUGCUUACAAUCCUUGCUAUAGUAAUGUACACCAAUUCUCCAGACAAGAAAAGUAUCAUUAGGAAAUGCACACAGAAAAAUCAAAGAAUCCCUGAAACCCUUAAUUGCUUUUGUAAAUGGUAUCUUAACACAGAAAUGUCUUGGAAACAGAGUAUUACUGGACACCUAGAAA